UUCAUAUUCAACUAAUAUCCAUUACAAUGGCGAAGAGUAGUACUAGAGUUUUUAAUAUAGUUUUCUUUGUUUUAUUGAGUAUAGGAAUAUGUUCAGCUGCAAGAACACUCAUCGGUCUUGAUGUUGGUGUUGGGGCGAAAGUUGGUGCUUAUGCUGGUGGUGGUGGAGGAGGUUCUGGUGGAGGUAGUGGAAGUGGAGUUGUAGCUGGGGACCAUGGUGGUUAUGCUGGUGGAAGUGGUAGUGGUGAAGGUGGUGGAAGUGGAUAUGGUGCUGGAGGAGCACCAGGAGGUGGAUACGGAGGUGGAGGUGGUGGAGGUAGUGGUGGUGGUGGCGGUGGUGGUAGUGCUGGUGGAGCACAUGGUGGUGGAUCUGGUGCAGGUGAAGGAGGAGGAAGUGGUGGUGGAUAUGGUGCUGGUGGGGCAUCAGGCGGUGGAUACGGUGGUGGAGGCGGACAAGGAGGUGGUGGUGGAGGUGGAGGAGGAACAGGAAGUGGUGGUGGAUAUGGUGGAGGCGCAGAACAUGGAGGUGCAUAUGGUGGUGGUGGAGGAGGAGGAACAGGAAGUGGUGGUGGAUACGGUGGAGGUGUAGAACAUGGAGGUGCAUAUGGUGGUGGAGGAGGAGGAGGAACAGGAAGUGGUGGUGGAUAUGGUGGAGGUGUAGAACAUGGAGGUGCAUAUGGUGGUGGAGGAGGAGGUGGAAGUGGUAGUGGUGGUGGAUAUGGUGCGGGAGGGGUUCCAGGGGGCGGUUAUGGAGGUGGAGAAGGAGGAGGAAGUGGUGGUGGCUAUGGAGGAGAAGGAAGUUUACCUGGUAGUGGAUAUGGAGGGGGAGGUGGUCAUGGAGGAGGUUAUGGUUCAGGAGGAGCUGGUGGUGGUGGAUAUGGAAGCGGUGGAGGUGCAGGUGGUGGCGCAGGAGGAGCUUACGGAGGUGGACAUGCUGGUGGUGAAUCAGGAGGUGGAUAUGGAGGAGGUGGUGGAAGUGGUGGAGGAGGUGGCCAUGGUGGCUACAUUCCUUGAACUUUCAUAACUCGUAUGGUCUUAAUGCAUGCAUGCAUGCAAUCCCCUUAGUACUACACUACUACUGAAGUAGUGUUAAUUACUAUAUGUACUUCAAUUGUUAUUAUCCUUAAUAUGUAAUAAUGAUAUUAAAAGUAUAUAAGAAUCAAUAUUUGAUUUUCAUCA